UGUCGUGCGCGCAGCAUGCAUGGAAGACUGUUCUCGAGUUCGGUGUGUUGAAAAUUGGAUUAACGAAAAAUCGUGAAAGAAACUAGGGCUUAAUUCGCCUCGAAUCGUCGGGAUUUUUAUCAGUACUCGUGAAUACGACCAAUUCACUUCGUUAUCGUUAAAAAUUAACUUUUCGGUAGGAACAGGAAUCAUCCGUGAUAGGAAAUCAUAAAAAUACUUUUUUUUGGAAAUUGCAAUUAAUUAAUAAUUAAGAGUUUAAGACGAAUUGUGGUUAAAUUUGAGCACAGUAGCUAAAAGAUGAUAGAUUAAUUCCGACAAAUAGUGAUAGAUCGAGUUCGGCUGUACAUAUCUAAUCGUAUUCGAUAAGAUAAAUUGAAAAAGAGACAAAUUGAUGGCCCUGGUAAUAACGGUGAAGCAAACGGUAGAAGUCGCUUGAUGAUCGUAUGAAGGAUCAAGAAGGUAGAAAGAAAGUGGAUGAAGAUGUUGUUACUCAGGGUGAUUGUGACGCUGGUCGCGUGCUGGAUCGUCAAGUGCGAUCUGUUGGAUCUCUACGUCCAGCACAUGGACGAGACCAUGAGGACGAUCCCCUACAGAUAUAAACGACAUCCCAUGGAUCCUGUUGCCAGGAGAAUAAAGAGGAGCCUCGAGGAGGACGAACCGUGGCUCAAGAUCGGGAACUUCAAGAAGCAGCGACUGGAUGUCGACGAGGAUUGGUUGAAGCAGUGGAAGGCUAAGAGGAAGAUUGUCCCUUACAAGAGCGAUGCUUUGGAUUAUCAAAACAAACGGGAUGAGAACCUGAAUCCUGAUCAGCAUGAAAUAUUCUCGACGCAGAAUUCGAAAUACUUCGAGAAGACGUCGACGGUUCUUGAAAACGCUGCUGAAAAUUCGCAGUUGAACGUCUCGCAAGAUCCGAUUGUUGAGGAAACGUCGGAGGAUCGAUUGACAAUCGUGGAGAAUCAGACCGACGUCGAAAAGUUCACCGUCGACGUCUCUCUGAAACCCGAGGAAGAAAUUUCGGAGGAAAACUGGAAUGAUUCCGAAGAGAUGGAGGGCGAAGAUAACUCGCAGUUCGAGAUAAUCAGCGAGAACGAGAGAAUCAAUCCGAAGCCAUUCGUCGAGUCGAGUUUCAAACGGACGCCAAAGGGUAGCCGGGUGCCGAAGAAGUAUUUCCCGGAGAAACCGGCCAAGGACGCGCGAGGAGCGAAGGAUUACAUCAAGGACGAAAUAGCGAUGAGGUUUAGGAGGAACGCGGACCAUGAAAUUAAUGAGGGCAUAUCUAGCACCAGGUCGUGGAGAUUUAUCAGGUACGAGAGACUGGACGAUAACGGUGACGUGAUCCUCGAGUGGGAUCCUUCGGACGACGAGGAGGUGAUCUUCAGGGUCACCGCCAAAACCCUGGGCUACGUUGGUAUCGGUUUUAACGAGAAGACCAACAUGAAAGGCGCCGACAUCCUGCUCGCCUGGGUGGACGAUCACACUGGCGCUGUCAAUCUACUGGACUCGCACGGUAUCGAGGAGAUGAACGCCGCGCCGGUUACUGACGUGUACCAGGAUGUCCAAGUACUCGGCGGCUCGCAAAACGAGACCCACACCAUUGUGACGUUCGCCAGGAAGUGGCAGACGUGCGACCCUCAGGAUCGUCAACUCUCGAGUGACACCAUCAGGGUACUGUGGGCCCUGCAUGACACCGAUCCCGAAUUAAACACGGCGGCGUGGCACGGGGAUAAACGAGGCGGAAGGGCUCUGAGGCUGAAGACAGCUGCGGGACAUUCGCCACCGCGAGAAACUCGUAAUAUGCGACACUGGGACGUAAAGCUUAAUCAGUUUGAGGUGGACAAUACGGACACCGUCUACUGGUGCAAGAUCUUCAAAGCCUCCUCGUUGAAAAAGAAACACCAUAUGAUAGGGUACACCCCGCUCGUGGAGAAGGCGAACGAAGGUCUGGUCCAUCACAUAAUUCUGUACGAGUGCGCGUCGACGGCACCGAUCCUCGGGGAACACGCCAGAAUCGCCGGCGCCCGUUGCUACAGUCCGACAAUGCCGCGAGAAUGGGACUCGUGUCUGCAACCCGUCCUCGCCUGGGCUCGUGGCAGUAAAGGGGAAUGGAUGCCGGAGCACGUCGGUAUACCUAUAGCGGAACACGGCGACAGCUCGUACUACAUGCUGGAAGUCCAUUACAAUAAUCCGAGCAUGAAGAAGGUGACCGACAGCAGCGGCAUAAGACUUCACUUGACUCCGAAGCUUCGUCCUCAAGAAGCGGGCAUUCUCGUGGCCGGCAUAGCGGUGAGCCCUCUUCAUGUGAUACCCCCGAAGCGACAGGAAUACGCCACCGCCGGAUAUUGCACUCCGCACUGCACCAACACGAUGUUCCCUGAGGACGGUAUCAACGUCGUAUCGGUUGUCUUGCACUCGCAUUUGGCUGGUCGGCGUCUGAGCCUGAAGCACAUUCGACAAGGUAAAGAGUUGCCGAUGAUAGUCCAGGACAAUCACUUCGACUUCAACUAUCAGCAAUCUCACACCCUGGAGAAGGAAGUGAAGGUGCUGCCCGGUGACGAGCUGAUUGCAGAAUGUAUUUACCAAACUGUGGACAGAAGCAGGCUGACUUUAGGCGGCUACGCGGCUUCCCAGGAGAUGUGUCUGGCAUUCAUCGUGCAUUAUCCCAGAACACCUCUCGCCGCUUGUUAUAGUAUGACGCCUGUCAAGGAGCUCAUCAAGACUCUCGGCAUAAACAGCUUCCGGGGGAUGACGAUAGACUACUUGGAGAAGAUGUUCCUAACGAAUGGAUCCGACUUGAUUUCGCCUUCGCUCAAUCAGCAACAGUUUCCCGGUUAUUCAGACAUGAGAUCGACCGACGAGAUUGACAAGAGUGUCGUUAAAGAAGCUGAGUCUGCAUUAAGGGCCAUGAAAGAACACAUGGACGAAAAUGAUGACGAUAACAUCUACACACGACUCAUCAUUGAGGAACCCGAGGAAUUUCGAGGUCGAACUAUGAUCGAACAUAUACUGGCUCUGCCGUGGACAGAAGAUUUGCUUGCAAAGAAGAUAGAAAAUAGCAUUUAUCACGGUAGACACAUGACAUUCUGCAGAAAGAGGGACGAUCAAUUAGCAUUGCCGGCAGAUAUUCAGAACUUCCCAAAUUUUACGGCACUCCCGGAAGUGAACGACACAGUCUGCAGCGAGAUCAGAUUCACGUCUGGCUCCCCCAAAGGUCCCCACACCUACUUGAUAAACCUGGUCACUAUUGUCGUUGUAUCGAUCGUUGUGUUAUAAGAGGCCUUGAGCGAAUAGUCAACGACAGUUAGCGGCUGCACGGCAAAUGCAAUUCGCACUGUCAGUUAUUCAAGUACGACAAAUACGGUUCUCUCGUCUCACGAAUGUUUUUUUUUUGUAUAUUUUCAAAUUUGCAAGACGGAGCUUGAUUAACUUAUUAAUUUAAGCGAUUUUACCUUGUAAGCGACUUUCUCGAACGAGCCCCGACCGCUCGAAACACAAAUCGGGAUAUUCCUAAAGUAUUUAGGUGGCUGGUAAGAAAACGACAAAAUUUUCAAAAAAAUUUUUGUCGAUCCAGCACACUAAGCGUAUAUAGAUAUAUAUAUAUA